CAGCAGGGUGUGUUUUGUAUUCCUGUCGCUGUACUCUUCUAGUGACGGCGUAUCUACCUUUUGUGUUGUAUCUUUGUUUUCUGAUUAAUAUAUCUAAUUGACAUUGUUUGUGCUAAAAAUCUACGGGCAGAUCCAAGUUAUAGGCAGUGUCAACUCUAAUUUAUUAGGCUUUUGUCAGCGAAUUAUGACUCAUUCUCAUUGACGUUAUUCGUCUUCUAACAUGGUGGAUAGAUUGGUGAACAGUGAGGCCAAUGCACGGCGCAUUCAACUUGUGGAGAGCUGCUUUGGCAGUUCAGGGCAGCCAUUGGCUGUCCCAGGGCGGGUUUUGGUAGGGGAAGGAGUUCUUACCAAAAUGUGUCGUAAAAGAGCCAAAGCUCGUCAAUUUUUCUUGUUCAAUGACAUUCUUGUAUACGGAAAUAUCCUUAUGAACAGGAAAAAGUAUAACAAACAGCACAUCAUACCUCUGGAAGCAGUUAAACUUGAAUCUUUGGAAGAUGAUGGACACUUUAGGAAUGGAUGGGUGAUUCGUACUUCUACCAAGUCCUUUGCGGUAUAUGCUGCUACUUCAACUGAAAAGCAGGAAUGGAUGGCACACAUAAAUAAGUGCAUUGAAGAUCUUUUAAGAAAGAGUGGCAAGAAGGCAGUGGAGGAGCAUGCUGCUGUGUGGGUUCCCGAUGCUGAAGCUGUAAUAUGUAUGCACUGUAAGAAGUCCCAAUUCACCGUUCUUAAUAGGAGGCACCAUUGCCGCAAAUGUGGAGCAGUUGUUUGCAACCCUUGCUCCAACAAACGCUAUCUCUUGCCUCAUCAGUCAUCCAAGCCCCUGCGUGUGUGUCUCACAUGCUAUGACAGCCUGACCCGUGCAAAAGUUCUCAGCUCAAACAGUGGGGAGAAUUCUUUCAGCAAAGACUCUUCUGGAGAAGAUGACUCCGAUGAUGAGGAAGAUACUAACCGCUCACAGCAAGAAGCUCAUGAUGAGCAUUUUGUUUCUUGGGACAGUGAGGAGGAGGAAAGAGUGGCUGCACAAAGUCGAGAACAGCAGACCACUGUUGCAUAGCUGUGCGAAGUUCUACGGCAUCUCCGAACACGAUGACCACAAAUAAUAUAAUUUGCUGCUGACACUUCAGGGGGUCCUAGUGAUGUGGGAUUGUGGAGUACUGGAGGAUAUACUCUUGCUAUUACCUAUUGUCCAUCUUCCUUUGAUGGGAAGUUUUCGGAAAGCUAUAGGUCUGAUUCAUUUAGAUUGAGACUUUUCACAGAGUCCUUUAAUGUUUCCAUUUUUAAAUUUUUGGCAAAUUAUUGAAGUCUUUAUGGUGUAGGACACAGUUGCAAUGGAUCACUCUAUUGUAACAGUACUCAAAACCCAAAGCAAAUGAUAGUUGUUUUAUUUGCAUGUUAAUUACUGUAUGUAUUUUUGUUUUCUUAUACAGCUUUAAAGCAUUUAUUUUAUGUGUAUAAUAAUUUGAAACAUAUUAAUAUAUUAAUGAUUCACAUUUGUAAAUAAUGUCACAUGGAAUUAGUGUCCUAAUCUCCUGAUACAUAUAUAUAUAUAUCAAAGAAGCACAAGUAAUUAUCAAAUUAGCCAAGUUUAAUGUGUGUUGCACGUUGGAUGUUCAAAUCUAAUCCGAGACAGUUGUGCAAAUGAUCAGCUUAUUUUGCUGUUCUAUUGAGUCAUUGCUAAUGUUCUUUUACCAUCAUUUUACUGUAUGCCAUCUUGCAUUCAAACUGUUCUUUUUACCUUGUGCACAAUUUUCGUAAUGAGCCUCUGUGAUGUAAUGUUAAUUUGGAUCUUAGCAGAUUUUUGCAUCAUCACAUACUCAGCUACCAAUACAUGUAGUUUGCUGCUGAUGUUUGCACAAUGUCUGCUGUAGUCAGUUAUACAGUAUAUACAAUUCUCUGUCUUGAUAAAUAUGUCUGUUUUGCUGUCUGCUUUGCCUAUUAUCUGUGUUAACUCUUGCAUAUCUUUAUCGUGCCUAUUUUGCUAUAUAUUUGCUCUGUAACCUAUUAUUAUCCUGCCAAUUUAAGUUGUCUUGUGGAUAAUCUUAGUUGUCAUUAUAUGUGAUAAUUUAGAAGCCUUAUUUCCUUUUGACACCUCUGGAUCACACAGUUAAAGUGUUUGUGUAUGUAAAUGUAUUUGAGGUGUGGAACUGAUGUCAUUUUAUUAUUUUCUUGGAUAAAUUUGCAUGUGUGUGAUUUUUUUUUCUCUUACAUAACUUGAUGUGUGUCAGUAUGACUGUAUUGAAAUAUAGAUUGAAGUCCACAAACACUAUGAUUGAGAUCCAUUUCUUGUAAAUUUGAUUUGGACAAAGUGAGGGUAUAAUCUAUCUACUUUUGUUGCAUGCUCAAAUCAUCAUUUGUAACCAAUUUUAAAAUUGUUGUAAUCAAUCAAUUGUCAAUUCCUGAAUUUUGGAAAUUUUUAGUUUAGUUAGUGUUUGUCUACUAUGGCUUUUCUCUUCUCAUACAUCAGGCAUGAGUAAUCUUUGUCUCCUGUCUUCACCAAUUGUGUCUUAUACAUUAUUUCUAGAUGAGUGAACAGUAAAUGUUAAUUUUAUCUCCCACUUUUUCACUUGUAGAUUCUAGAGGAAAGAUGUCUUUCCUCUGAAGAAUUUAAAGAAGGUGCUGUGUUGUACCAUCACAUUCGACCAUCCUUGACUGGAUUGUUUGUCGAAGUUUUUAACAAAUCAAGUAAAUUCUUGAGUCUGAUUUUAUUCAAAUUACGGUAGGGAAGUUAUAGCGCUACUAAAUUACUGGUGUAACAGCUGUUGACUUUACUGUCAAUGUCAUGUGCAAGGUAUGAGUUUGAUCUUUGUACAUACUGUGUAAGGGAUGUUCUUAUGACUGAUUCUUCCAUGAUUGCUCACACUAUUACAACGUUUUUAAAAUGUUUCCUUUGGCAUAAUAAGUACUCAAUGUGAUGUGCUUGGGUUGGAAUUAUUUUAUUUAUGUUUUAUGUUAUUAGGUAAAAUGUUGACUCCUGCAAUAAGUUAUUUACAUUAAGUGUUCUUACAUCUGGAACAUUAUCUCUUUCUACAGUUAGUCUUUUUACAUUUUUAGCUUUGAUUGUCAUUUUUUUAUCAUUUCUGAUAAAUUUUGUGAUUUAUGUGUUGUUCAAUAAAAUUUUGCCAACCUUCUGAA